AUGAAUGUUCGGCAGCCCACCCUGCAUAUUCCACCUGCCCACCCUGGUGUGCAGAUGACGUCUCUGCCUUUCUACGAUGUGCUGAAUGUCCUCCUCAGGCCUUCCCCUCUGCUGGCACACACUGUACAGGGAGGCGUACGAAAAAACUACUUUGGCUUUGCGUUGACGCCACAGCAAGUUCAAGAAGUGUGCCUAUCCAAGGGUUUUCUACCAGGCGGUGGAAGUGACUACAUGGUUCAGAUUCAGCUAAGAGUUUGCCUCUCGGAGACAAGUUGCCCUCAAGAGGACAAUUUCCCACAUAGUAUGUGUAUAAAAGUCAACAGAAAACCCUUGCGUUGGCCAGGUUCUGUACCACGGCAAAGACAUGGAGCGGAACAGAAGAGACCCCGAAAACCUCUUAACAUUACCUCAUUGGUCCGACUGUCAUCUGAUGUAUCCAAUCACAUUACAGUUGAAUUGGUGCAUGAGGUCGGAAAACUCUAUUCCAUGUCAGUGUACCUGGUGAGGCAGUUGACACCACCGCUACUCAUUCAGAAACUGAGGAUGAAGGGAAUCCAGAACCCCAACCAUUCCAGAAGGCUAAUUAAAGAGAUAUUUACAGCAGGCCCGGGCAGUGAAAUUGUUACAACGAGCAUUGGAGUCUCACUCAUGUGUCCGCUGGGGAAGAUGCGUCUGACGGUGCCAUGCCGGGCAGUAACCUGCUCUCAUCUGCAGUGUUUUGAUGCAGCCCUUUACCUGCGGAUGAAUGAAAAGAAACCCACCUGGAUAUGCCCCGUGUGUGACAAAAAAGCUGCAUAUGAGAGUCUAAUCAUCGAUGGUUUAUUCAUGGAGAUCCUAAAUGACUGCUCAGAUGUGGACGAAGUCAAGUUUCAAGAAGACGGGACGUUGUGUCCCGUGAGACCAAAGAAAGAGGCUGUCAAGGUGCCCUCUCGGUCCAUUCCAAAACUUGAGACUUCUGCCCCUGUGCGUCAGUGUGCAGGUGUCCCCCAUACCCCUGAGCCCAAUGUCACCAAGGAGGCUGAUGUCAUUGAUCUGACGCUGGAAAGCUCAUCCUCAGAUGAUGAGGAAGACAUGAAUCCCCCAGAUUAUCUCCAGCAGUACUGUGUGUAUCUGAUGAAAAAACAGAUCCUGCCUCUUGCCCCGGUGGAAUUCCCCUCGGGCAUCGAGAACGGCCUCUCCGAUUCCUGCGGGGUCCUGCAUGCUUAG